AUGGCGAAGAAAACUGAUCAAAGUGAAAAAAAACGCAAUGACCCUGUUAAGUUCUCGAAGCACUGGUGUAUCUACCGGAUUCCUAGCAAACUCCGGAAUGUAAAAGAUGAAGCUUACACUCCCCAAUUGAUUUCAAUAGGCCCCUUCCACCAUGGCAAUCCGAAACUGGCGGACAUGGAAAGCCAUAAAAAGAAAUAUUAUGAGAAUUUCUGCCAGCGAACUUCGAGGAAAAAAGAGGAACUAGAAACUUUCAUCCGUGAGAAAGAAGAUGACAUUCUUCGUUGUUAUGCAGGGUCCAUUGAGCCUGAUAUUGACUUUGUGAAGAGAUUGAGAAAACCGAAAAGUAUAUACGACGUAAGAAAGCUGAAGGAAGCAGGGGUGAAGUUUAGGCCAAAUGAAGGUAGUGAACGCUUCGUCAUAAAAAGAGGUGAGGACCACAAAUGUAAUUUCAAAAUGGCAUGUUUUAGAAAUAUGAACUUGAAGCUUACAAAAUUUUGGGCAAGGUAUGAGGUAGAAUGCGUCAUUCGAAACGUGAUGGCCUUGGAGCAGUUUUUGUACCCAAAGAAGGCUUAUGUUUGCAGUUACUUUUUGAUGCUGGAUCAGCUUGUGGAUACUGUGGAAGAUGUGAAUGCGCUGAUUGAAAGCGAAGUUAUAGUUAACUUGCUAGGCAGCAGCAACGCAGUUGCGAAGCUGAUUAAUUCACUUUGUGAGCAGACUAUGGAUGAUAGAUCCUGCUAUGAAGAUAUCUGUAAACAGCUUAACGAGCACUACAAGAUCAGCUUCUGCAACCGUAACAUUUCGAUCCUGAAACGAGUUUACUUCAAGGAUCUUUGGACGGGCAGUUCAACUAUAGUUGGACUCUUUGUGCUGUUUUUCUCCAUCAUUGGAACCAUUAAGUCUCUCAUGUAG